UAGUGCAAAGAGUUCAUGCACUGUAUCUUUUUUACUUUGGAUAUGUCAUUUCUUGGAAUUUUUCCAAAAGCGGGUUAAAAAGUUAACAUUUUGAUAUGUUCACACAUUAUACUCCUACAUUAAUUCAUUACCUACACAACAUUACCUUACACAUGUAUAAAAAAACAAAAACAAAUAUGUGUCUAUGUGUGCACAAUCUGUAAUUUAUACUAUAAAUACAGCAAAAGAUGCAUACAUUUAACAACUUUAACACAUAUUAUAACCAGCCUGCACAUUGCAUCACACAUUCAAACAACACAACCACUAAUACAACAAAAUAAUUCAUGCUUCACUCCCCCCACCCCCUCACAACUCCUCCCAUUUCUGCAAACUCCUAUCCUACCCUUUAAAAUUCAGACAACAUACAUAGAUUUAUACAAAACCUACCUUCCUGACCUCUCCACUACCAGCUGAAAACCUUCCCAUUCUUCAAUUGCAACCAGAUUACAUCUAUGGAUCUAGAAGGUCACACAUCCAUAACAACUACUAUCUCCAGAAGAACCUUCACUGUACCACAAGGAAUGCAUGUCUGCUUCCUCACAGACUCAAUGUGUCGAAAUAUGAAAGACUACCUACCAACUGCAAAAUGCUGGGUGCACCCAGGCACUACCCUUGUAAGAUCUGCUAUACAACACAUAAAACACUUUCAAACAGUACACAGAGACGCCCUUGUCAUACUCCACAUCGGAACAAAUGACAUUGCAAGUGGAGCACCCGCAUCAGUCGUUGUGCAGCGUAUGAAAACUCUGAUAGCAACUAUCUCCAUGACAAAUCCUCACAUUCUUUACUUUGGAAUAAGUGCUAUCUUACCACGUCCAACAGAUAACUCUACAACAAAAAACACAGUCAAAGAGUUCAACUAUUUGAUCCGCCACUGGACUGAACAAACAACAAACAUCAUAUUUCUGAACACAACAAAACCAUUCCUCAAAAAUGGAAAAAUCCUUCAUCAUCUAUACAAACAUGAUGGCCUGCACCUCACUCCAGAAGGAAAACACAGACUUUUUGCCUACUUCCAGCGUUUCCUCUGGCAUUUUUGCCGCUUUCCAUCACCCUCAAAACAUGUUUAACUUUGUCAAAUGUACAAUUUGUCACACCAAUCUUGUUCCCUUGUACCCAUUGCUUGUUACCUCUUUCUGAAAAAUAAACCUU